UUCUAUUUCGUGUCUUCCGUCUUUCUGCUUCCGGUUGCCAUCAGACUGUAGAAAUGGCGCAAGGCAAACAGAAAUUUAAAGCGCAGCGGGUCGGAGCGAAAAAGCACAUACAAAAGCCGAAAGGACUCAAGAAAGGAGGAAGGACCAUCGCACCCAAAAAAGCACGAGUUGUCCAACAGCAGAAGCUGAAGAAGGGUUUGGAUGUGGCCAUCAGGAACAGGAUUGAACAUGAAGUCACACAGAAGGCCAGCUUGACUCUUCAUAAGAAACUGAGUGUGCUGAAAACCCCAGCGAGGAAAGGCGGGACACCCGGACAGCCAAAAUCAGCUCCUGGAUCAUCUAAAUAACUGUUUUUAUUUUA